UUUGUAUUGCAAAUUAUUAAAAAUUAAUAAGCUGUAUGAUUUUCAGAUUAUAAUUAAAGAUAUUUAAGCUCUUGAAGAAGCCAAAGCCAUCCUGGAUGCAUUCUUCAUCAUGCUGAUUUGUCUAAGCGUGUAUCUGUGUCUGUUCUCGCUGGUCUCCUCGACUUCAGCCAACAUAAUGGAGUAGAGCAAUUAAGUCCGAGUUUUGAGAGCAAUCGCUUCACUAAGUUCAUGGUCAAAUGUUUCUAUUUGCAUGAAACAUUUGUGCUGGUCUUUGCCAGUUAGUAGUUGGACAUCAUCGUGGACACUUUUGUUGGCUGAACUAUGACUGAACAGCAAGCAGAUCCUGAUCGGUUUCUAAUCCCAUUGUAAGCACUUGGUUGGAGUAUGCUUUGCAUUACUGGUAUGCUCUCUGAUGUUAGUAUACAGUCCAGCUUAGUUGAUUCUUAACAAUGAAAUAUCAG